AUGAUUUUGGCACUAGGACUUUCAGUUAUUCUGUUUAGACCCAUAACAAGUGCAGAAAAUAUUACCUGCAACACUUUAUGCAUACGUGGUCCCGAUAUUACAACAGAGACAUGUAACACAACUACUGAUGAAUGUUUAUAUGGCUGUAACGUUGGGUUCACUGGACCAAAUUGCUCAUAUAAAUGCCCAGAUUCAUGUUUACACCCAACAGAUAUUGAAACUGGGACAUGUGACCAUAUAUCUGGGGAAUGUUUACAUGGUUGCAAAAAGGGCUUUGCAGGACCAAACUGCUCGAUUGAAUGUCCAGGGAAUUGUUUAUCAGAUGAAAGAGGCAUGGAGAUAUGUAAUGCAACUACAGAACAGUGUUUAUUUGGAUGUAAAGAUGGAUUCUAUGGCUCAAACUGCACAAGAAAAUGUUCUGAUGAAGAUGAACACUGCGAGCAAUGUAGUGCAAAAUAUUUGGAUAUCGGAAUUGAAUGUUACAAAUGUAACAGGAACUUUUAUCUGUCAGCUGGAAAAUGUCGAUCAUGUAACCACUGGUGUUUUCCUUCUCUAAGUAAUAAUGAAACGACGUGUAGACAAGAGGAUGGUUACUGUAAUCAUGGUUGCAAAACAGGACGGUAUGGUUUCAUGUGUGGAGUUCGCUGCAGUUCUACGUGUAAAGAUAAGUGUCACAGGGAAACUGGAAUGUGUUUUGAUUGUACAUUUCCAAGCUAUUGUGGACCAACUUGUGAAAUACAAUGUCAAGAUGGUUGUUUACAUCAACAAUGUAAUCAGUCUUGUCAAUGUGUUAAUGGGUGUACUGCUACCCAUUGGGGAGAAACAUGUUCGACCGUAUGCAAUUCAAACUGUAUCAAACCAUCUAGUUCUAAUGAAAGAGCGUGCAACGCUUUGAAUGGGACGUGCUUUUUAGGAUGUGACGGAGAACGCUUCUGGAAAAGUCAGUGUAGUGAGCCAUGUUUUAGUAACUGUGUCAACGGCACUUGUGAGCAUUACACUGGAAAUUGUAAAGAUGGCUGCACGAGUAACAGAGUCUAUGGCGGGCGAUGUGAAAGGACGUGUAACAAGAACUGCAAUGUUGGCACUUGCAAAAGAGAAGAUGGAUAUUGUGAUAAAGGUUGUAAAGAAGGAAGUUAUGGUAACAAUUGUGGAAAUAUAUGCAGUGCAACAUGUUUAAACCAAAAAUGUAAAAGAGUUGAUGGCAGCUGCACAGACGGGUGUAUCUUUGGAUAUGAAGGACAGAAAUGCGAUACAGAAACAAAACCGGUUGACAAAUCCUUACUUGGGCUUGCUAUCAGCGGAUGGGCCUUGUGUAUCAUUCUUCUGGCGUUUGUGAUAAUAACAACUGUAAGAAGAAGGCUGAGAAAGUCUAAAAGGACCAAAACCAAUUCAGAAGAGGAUACACAAGCCCAAAUAAGAAAUCAGCAAGUAUACACAACAUUACAGCAUGACCAAGAUGAGAAUGAUGAUAAGGCAAAGUAUGAGGUGCUGAGACUUGGAAAAG